CUCAGCGUUCAUUGGUUAGCUAUACUGCCAUUCGCUCUAUUUCCGCCCAUUUGGCCUUUUUUGGUUGGCUAGCGCUCCUUCCCUUUCUCUCUGUAGCGGCGGUGGGUCGGAGCCGCUGUGUCCCCGGUCUGGCACGUUCCUGUCCAAAUUCUCUGCGGUGGAAAAAUUGGAUUCCCAUCUCCAAAUAUCUUUGAAUUUUUGAUUCCCCUCUUCAAUUUGAAGCAACCGGCUCAGGCUAUACCCAUAACCGCCCCCUACCCACGCCAAAACCUUAGAUACAACCCUCGUAGAAGAUGGCGGUGGUAAGCGGGACGCCUGGCUCGGCGGUAGCCCGGCUGGAGGGCCGAGAAUUCGAAUAUCUGAUGAAGAAGAGGUCGGUGACCAUCGGACGGAACUCUUCGCAGGGCUCGGUGGAUGUCAGCAUGGGCCACUCCAGCUUCAUCUCCCGCCGCCACCUGGAGAUCUUCACCGCCGGGGAAGACGGCACAGGGAGCGGGGAGUUUUACCUCCGGUGCCUCGGGAAAAACGGGGUGUUUGUAGACGGGGUGUUCCAGAGACGAGGGGCUCCACCUUUACAGCUUCCAAGAAUGUGCUGUUUUCGGUUCCCUAGCACAAGUAUAAAGAUCACAUUUACAGCCUUGUCCACCGACAAAAAGGAGCGAAGGAACGUGCAAGAAUCACCGGUAAAGCCCGUCCAGCUCCAGAUAUCGCCUUUAACCAUCAACAUUCCAGACAGCAUAGCCCACCUCAUGAGCCCCUUGCCUUCACCUACAGGUACCAUCAGUGCAGCAAACUCUUGUCCAUCAAGUCCACGGGGGGCGGGACUCUCCAGCUAUAGGAUGGGACGUGCUCUAACCUCUGAUCUUAUAGGGGACAACUCCCAAUCAGAAAAUGACAAGGAGGCCUCAGGUGGAGACAGUCCAAAGGACGACUCAAAACCUCCGUAUUCUUAUGCUCAACUAAUAGUCCAAGCCAUCACCAUGGCCCCAGACAAACAGCUCACCCUGAAUGGAAUAUACACUCACAUCACCAAGAAUUACCCUUACUAUAGGACAGCAGACAAAGGUUGGCAGAACUCGAUCCGCCACAAUCUGUCCCUGAACCGUUACUUCAUCAAAGUGGCGAGGUCUCAAGAGGAGCCAGGUAAAGGCUCAUUUUGGAGGAUAGACCCGACCACCGAAGGAAAGCUCAUAGAGCAGGCUUUCAGAAAGCGCAGGCCCAGGGGGGUGCCCUGUUUUCGGACCCCACUUGGACCGCUCUCCUCCAGGAGUGCUCCAGCCUCUCCCAACCACACAGGGGCACUGUCUGCCCACUCCAGUGGGGUCCAGACCCCAGACAGCCUGUCCAGAGAGGGUUCCCCUGUUCCCAUGGAGCCAGAACCCACCCCAGCACCUGCCCCCAUCCCAACUACUACUGUCCAGCCCAAACUUGCUGUUAUCCAAGAGGCUCGCUUUGCACAGAGCUCCCCUGGCUCGCCAUUGAACAACCAGCCAGUAUUGAUUGCUGUGCAGCGCCAGAUGCCUCAGACGACCAUGAAGCCUGUGACCUAUGCCAUGGCAACACCAGCUAUGGUAACAACCCAAGUAAGCUCUGCCCCUGUCAUGCAGACAGUGCAUGUUGUCCACCAGAUCCCAGCAGUCACCAUGGCUGCUAUGGCCGGACAGACCGCUGGCACCAUGAGUGCAGAGCUGCAGGAGAACGGUGCUGGAGACCACCAGGAGAUAAAAGUUAAAGUUGAGCAAGUCCCAGCCAUCACAGCUUCCUCUAUAGGUGGCGCUAGCCGCAUUAUCCAGUCCUCUCAGGCCACACCCCUUACAACAGUUACCAUUGUGCAACAAGCCCCACUUGGCCAGCACCAGCUUCCAAUAAAGACCAUCACACAAAAUGGGACCCAUUUGGUUCCCAUCAGCGCUGCUGCUAGCACAGCUGUGGCAAACCCUCUCCAUCUCCUAGCGACCCACGCUUCGGCCUCCGCGUCCCUUCCCACCAAGAGGCAGAACGGAGACCAGUCGGAGCAGCCGGAAUCUAAGAGGGUGAAAAUGGAUGGGGAGGAGGUGGGUGCAGUCGAAGCCGUGACCAACAACGGCUCCACCACGGACAGAGAAGGUGGGUUCAGUGAACAGGCUGGCGACAACUAGCUCCCCGGACUGGAUACUGACACCCUAAUCUCUCCUCAUUGAGCCUAACUAGUCUACUAUUACACCUCACAUUACCCUGUUGGUUACCCCCCUGCCCUCCCCACCCCAGCCCACUGUUCUACCCGGUUGUCAUCUGUUCCAUGGUGCCAAAAGGAGAAGAGAUGUGGAAAAACACCCAUGUGAACUACAGAAUUUGCGAUAGCCCCUGGGGGGGGAGGGGGGACGAUGCAAAAACGAGAGACCAAAAUGAAAAGGAAAAAAAAAGGAAGAAAGGUUGCCGACGACUGUCACCCUCCCCCAGCUUGGAGACUCAGAUGGACUGAAAAUCUAAAGAGAAGCACAGGAAGACUUGACAGCAGUUUAAAAAAAGAAAAGGGGGGCGGGGGGCGAAAACACAAGUCCCCAGGUCAGAAAGGACUUUUAGACUAUUAGCCAUGUAGCCAAGAUUAAAAAUUCUCUUCACUGAGGCGAUGCCGGCUUGGACGGUGAAGAGGAACCACAGCUUAUUGGACAGCUCCAGUGUCUGUCUUACAUUUUAACCCCAUUCCCCCCCAAAAGGAAGGGAAGGAGAGCCAGCAGCAUCAUCCUGGUAGCAUUACAGACAAGCACUUAAUGUGUGUCGGUUACAGAAUGGAAACGAAUGAAAUCAGCAUCGGUGUAUUUCGCAAAGGGAAGUGUGUGUGCGCAUGUGUGGACAUUCCCAUCUUUGGCAGCUAGCCUCCAUGUUGACCUACCUAAAGUCGUGAGUAGAUAUGCAGUAUUCCGUUGUACACGUGUAUCUUUGGAUCUUUUUGAGUGUUUCUCCGUUACCCAAGGCACAGAUAUCUAGUAAUAAUUAAGAUACUAAAGCUAUAAAGUGGGGUCUGAAAACAUUUACGCAUCACCUGGUAUUUCGGUAUCUUUUUAAAAAAAAAACAAUUUUUUUUUGUAUGUGGACUCUUUGUUCAGUGAAUUGAAUGUAGUCUCCUUUUCCUUAAAGAAAACACUAUCCAUGGAGUGAAUCCUUUUUUUUUCCAGUCAAAUACAAAAUUAAUUUCCUUAUCACUGUACAUCUACAGAUUUUUCAUAUUUUUCAAUAUCCAAUGAGAUAAAAAGUAUAUUCCCAUGCGUAUUUGACCAUAUGCUUCAUGGAGCUUGCAUGUUAUGGAUCUAGAGACCAUAUACCUGAGCAGAUAACUGAAUAUGGAACUGAAGAAAUUUAGACUGAAUCUAUGCUAUAUGAUUCUUACCAGGGCUGCACUUAACCUGUCUUAUUUUUCUUCCAUCCUACUUUCGUUUUUUUGUUUUCCCUGUCAUCUUUGGCCGUGUUUGUCAACUUUUUCUGUUGAAAUUGGUAGUCUUCUUGCUUGAUUUCAUUUUAUUUUAUUGUUUCUGUUCAGGCUACUAAAGGCCUAUUCAGACUGUUCCAUGAGGAAAAACAAGUGAUAGAUGUUUGUUCUGCUUCAGUGGGUAAAUGCUUUUUUUUUCUUUUUUUUUUCUUUUUUUUUUUUAUAAAUUAAUUUAA